AUGAUAAAGAAAAUUAUACAAUUGAUAUUGGUUGCAACCACAUGUGUGAUGUUUGAGGCGUUUAUUGCACACACAGUCGUCACAACCGGGUUUGAGAUCACUUUAACACAGGAGAAUAUCUACGAAAGACUGGAAGGUAACGCCACCAACUUCGAUUGUUCUAGGAUUUUUUUUUAUUUAUUUAUUUUACAUCCUUCAGUACAGUUUUGAAAAUUGACUAAAAGCUAUCCAAAAGAAAUUUUAAACCUAUGAACAGUUUCUACCUCUCACUCAAUUUAGGAUCCUUUUUAUUUCAAUAUAUUUCAUAUAUUUUAAGAGACGAGAUAUUUUUCUUGACUCAAAGUUUUAAAUUUCACGAUAAAGCAUUUUUAACCAGUUGAAUUAGUAAUCAAACUGCAGGUGAAGUUGUUGUUAUGGUUUUUUCCUCAACUUGUGAAACUUCGAGUUCGUCACAGAUGUUUUACGUAAACAAUUUAGAAACUUCUUUGUUUGUGAAUACCGAGAUGACAGCCUGUUCUCGUCUCAUAACAAAAGCUUGUUUUGAUAGAAUUUAAUAGAUACAAGCCUUUCACAGACACUCCAUUCCGUGCUCCCCCGUUGUUCAACUUCCAAAUAUUAAUGAUAUUUCGAACAAUACAGCGGUGUAUCCUUUAAUUUAUUUUCAAAUUUUCCUUGAGGCGAGAAGGAGGUGCGCUGCACUGGGAAUCGAGGGCUACGAGAAGAAGGUGCACUGCACUAGCGUUCGAGGAAUGGCUACUUCAUCGUGUAAAUAAGACGGAUCCCGUUCUCUAAUUGGCUAACUAAGUGAAUAAGACAAGACGAGUUCCUUGCUUUGAUUGGCUAAACGUGUGAGCAAGAUGGGUCUAUUUUGCCCAAUACAUGCUUUCAUACCGCUAAUAUAACAAACACAUAAACAAAUAAAAGUCAAGCAUAUUGCCUCCAAAAUAUCUGCUAGGCUGGACAUGCUUCGGAAAGUUCGCAAAGUCAUUCCUCAAGAGGCCUGUAUCACACUCAAUGACUCCAUGAUACCUACUACUGCUGUGUAGUCUGAGAAGGCUGCGGUAAAACAAAUCGGGACCACCUGGACAAAUUGCAACUGCGAGCAGCUCGUAUCAUCAAAGAGCGUUGAGUGGAAAGUACAGGCAGUACUUUUAGCUGGCCUUCCUUAGAAAAUCGUAGGAAAUAUCACACUUGCCUACAAGUCUUUAAACACCUACAUGGUCUCGCGCCUGCCUAUCUUUUGAACGAAGUUAGUUUUUCCCGCCCAUAUCAUACCCACAAUACCAGAUAUAGAGACCUGUUGCGAUUAUCUGGCUAAAACAUCUAAAUAUCAAGGUUCCUUUCGCUACAAAGGGGCAAAGGCGUGGAAUACUCUGACUAAUAAACUACGAAACAUAACCUCACCGCCUAAUUUUAAGAAACUUCUCAAUUUCACCUAUGUAAUUAAUGUAAUAUUCUUUGUUAUGUAACGUAUAUUGUAUAUCUUAUGAGUAAAUUUUAAUUUGUGUCAUGAACUCCCUUUGUAUUUUAUAUUUCUAAACAGAUUUUGCUUUACUUAAUAUGUCCUAAGCAGGCCCCUAUUCAAACCAGCUUUAAGCUGAAGUGGGCCAGCUUGAAUUAAUAUCGCUUAUAAAUAAAUAAAUAAAUAAAUAAAUAAAUAAAAUAGAAGCAAGCAGACAAACAAGAGAAACAAAACAAAUGAAAUAGGAAAAGGGCUAGUUGUUUGUUAUUCUUCUUAUAAGCCGUUCAUGUGGAGGGGACGGGGGGAGAAGGGUUGCUUGCGUUCCCAAAGUACGGUUAAGGAUGAGACUAUCAAGCUGCUGAGUAACAUGAGAUUUUUUUUUCCAUUGGAAUAAAGUUCGUUUUUAGCAGUAUUCUUGUUUAUGGAAUGCAAUGCCAAAACAGAACAACCUUUUCAUCAUCAUCAUCAUCAACAUCAUUUAUUUGCCUUUUUAACUAUACAAAAAAUUUUUUUUACAGAAUUAUAAUUUAUAGCAGGCGAAGAGACCCAGGAAGCCACCGGGCUUGUGGGGAAGGCUUCCUGAACUAACUUUUCGCAUGAACUAACAAAAAAGAAAUCUUAUUUCUCAGGAUUUAAACUGGUUGGACACGUCAUUGAGACCUUUUUUGCUGAUGAAUUUGAAUGUGGACUUCGUUGUCUGACAACCGAAGGGUGUUUAUCAUGUAACAUUUUCUCUGACGGAAAAUGUCAGCUGAGCAACCUUACGUGGCAGUCGAGUCCAAAUAACCUAAAGGGUACUGUGAGCUCAACGUAUUACGGCAAAGGUACCUGACAAAUUCCAUUAUGGUCAUUAGGCAGUUCAAGGAGUUACUAUAUUGUGCUUGAAAACGAAGGUAGCUUUGUUUAUGUAUGCAUACAUAUAUUUUCCCUUACCCUAGGAGGCAUUAAAAAGACUGAUUGAUGCAUAUUAUAAAAGAAAGAAAAAAAAUACAAUAGAAAUGUGUGUUAGUCAACCAGUUUUCUGCUCUUUGCAAAUUUGGAGGUUAAGGGAUUGAAGUUCAUCAUAUAAUCAAAUUCAAGAGAAACACUCAUGGCAAUAAUUCUGGUUUUUGAUUGGUAGUCAUAGUUGGGGUAAUACUCAACAUCAUCAUAGCAAUUGGUCAAGUGUUCCGCUAGGAAGGUUUUCUCUUGAAUAAAAGUGUUUUAUCUUAAACUUAGAUAUACGAGGUUGGUUUUCGUCAAGACCUGCUAUUUCAUGCAAACACAUUGUGGACGCUGAAGACUCAAAAGGAAAAGGAGAAUAUUGGAUCGAUCCCGAAAAUGAUGGAAAUCCACUAAAAGUCCUUUGUGACAUAUCAGAUGACGGCUGUAAGUGUUUGAUGAUUAUGACGAUGAAUUUAAGAUGA